UGCAUAUGGCUGCCGUGCAGUUUGUAUAUUGUGGUGUGAUGGUGUUACCAAUUUUCUUUCUCAAUUACUUGUGUUUUACCUGAACGCUUUAAGUUUAUGAUUGCUUUACUAUGAAAUCAGGAGCGGUAGAACCAGAUCGUCUAAAAAUAGAAGGUCGACAGUCCAUACAUCGGCGGAAAAUGUCAAAAAAUUCACCCAUCGUAAAUGGCGCCGACGAAAGUCAUAGCUACGCCGCUGAAGAUGAGACUCUGAGGCAGGUAAAUUUGGCCGCGGCGUAUCAUGAUCAUAUAUCUUGCACGAAAUCAGCCGAUCUGUGUAAGAUCGAUGGUGGAAAAGAAGGAAGAAUUAAUCUGCCAUGUGAAACAGAUCAUAUUUACGCAAACUGUAGCGAAAUGAAAAAUAAGUCGCAUAAUACAAACGCUGCGAAUAGCCCGUCCAAUUCUAAAGAUUUGUCAGUGGAAAAUAAAAGGCUUCGUGAUAUGGUGCUUGUUCAGCUAGAAUUAAUAAAACAACUUCAAGAAGAUUCAGUGAAAAAGGAUAGGCAAAUUAUGAGCCUCAAACAGGAAAAUGAAACGUUGAGAUCUCGGUUUGAUCGCAGAGAGCGUCGUAUGUGUUUAAUGAGAAAAAGGUACUCUAAAUCUGACGAGGAAAGUGCAGAUAACAUAUCAGAUGUAGGAAGUGCUGUGUCUGAUGCAAAUGUUGCAGCAUCUUCGGCUUCUGUUUCUAAUGAACGUACAAAUUCACCUUCAUCAGUUAAUCUUGUCACGAGAUAUUUUGGUAGAAAGUCUAAAACCAUUCCAUCAAGGGCUCUGAAACGGCGUUAUUUAGGACCACCUAAAUCACUUCCAUUAAAAAAAUCAAUACUGAAGAGUGUGUCAUCUGCCACAUCUAUUUCAUCUGCAUCAGAAACACAUGAUGAAGAACUGAGUAUAAAACAAGAAAUUUUAAAUAUGACCAAGUUACCAGUUGCACGAGAAAAAACAAUCGAACCAGAUGUAAAAAAAAUUCAUAAAAGACAUGACCAUAGGCCCAAAGGAGUUUUAAGAGGAGAUUUUCUUACGACCAACAAAGCCUAUUUUCUGCCGGACAAUCAGGCGUCUUCAAAUUCUCUUUCUUCCUCUGAAACAAAUAUAGAUGUGCCUUCUUGGAAAUACAAACCUGUGACAAGUUUCUAUCAGAUGGAAGGAACAGAGAAUAUAAAUGACUCUGUUUUUCAUCGAAGACAUCUGAAAUGUGAACAGGAUGAGCGCAGACGAAAGAGAUGGGACAUGCAGAGGUUACGAGAGCAAAAAGCUAGUGAGAAACUUAAGUACAAGCAGACUAGAGAUGCUGACAAAGAAUCUGAAAACCAUGUACAGCGAAAAUCUCAGUCAUUUUAUCCUAACCCACGUCACACAGUGUCUUUAUCUCUUGCAGUUGAAUUCAUAGAGGUUACAGAACAGUUGCCUGUUUUGGCAUUUGGUCAUCCCAUUCCUCUAUUUCAACCCAGUGAGUUUACACUACCUUGGCGAUGUAGUGAAAAUCAAAGUUACGAAUCAGUGGAGAUCAAGGCUAAAAAGAGUCGUUCUACUGCUGCUGUGCCGAAAGUAACCUGAAAACAAGAAGUUAUUCAAGUUAUUAUUUGCAACCUGUCUUAGACAGCUAGGAAGCAGAAUCUGAGUAAAGAACAUGCAAUAUUGUCCAGCAUUUGCCUUUUUAGAUAUGGAGUCAAGCGGGCAGAAAAUAUGCAGGGAUGAAAUACUAGUUAUUUUAAGAUCUGUAGUGUACAUAUGUAUAUUCAGAAAACAUUUUAAAACCUAUAAUCAAUCAUCUGUUGUUGUAAGCAGUCAAUUCCAUCAACAUUGUUCUAUCAGUUUUGUUCUUUUGUAAUUGGUAUCAUUAUCACAAAUUACCAAUGAAACUGUUGAAAUGUAUUAUAUCUGAGAACAUAAAGCAGAAGCUUGUACAAAAUGAAACUAAAAGUACAGCUUUUCAUUAUGAAGUGAUAUAUCAUCUUUGUUGCCUCAUUUGUAAAUAGUCACUUGUCGCUGAUUAUACAUAUAUAUAUAUAUUAUGACUUAUACAUACACACAGAAGAUCUUGGAUAUUCAACUAGUAGAUUUGUAGAAACUUCAAAAAUAAAUUUAAUGCAUAUUAAAAUAAUUAAUAAUGUUAGUGUCCUUAAGCAAUAAAUUAUAAAUAUUAAGCUAAUAGUGGAAAAUUUUAAAUUUGAUUAUUAGUUGAAAUAUGUGGCGAGCGAUACAAAAGAAUGAUGAAAUAAACACAGCUGUCAAAAGGAAGUGGCAGUUUCACAAAGAUGCUGCAGUAGUAACAUCUUCAUAAUAUAACGUAAUAAAAGGUGUUUUGUGAAUGUACUUCUUUAGUUGAAUGGAUCAUAAAAAGUAUUGAUUUUCUUCCGUCAGAUUUAUAAACUCUUGUUCAUGAUGUAUAUUUUAAUGAGAAUUUCAUAAUUUUCUCGGAGGAGGGGGGAAUGUAGAUAUAAUGAUCAUAUUGCAUGACAGUGACUAUAUUAAUCAUUUGGAUAAUUUGAAAGCAAUUAUGAAUAUUGACAAUUGAAUGAAGAUCUCUUCUGUGUGUAUAUGUAUUGCGAUUUUGCUGACACACAGAUGUUCCUGCUGUGCUUACUAAAAUAGUUAGCAUAUGUUUCAAGAGUUUAAAUUUUUAACUGAAAGGCACAAAAUAAGCAAGUUUAUUUGAAUUUGCUUUUUAUAAUAAAAUUAAAUAUGUUGCCUUAAAAGCACUUAUAAUUUUGUUUUCUGAUUCUUCAUCCCUUAUGUGAAAUAUGUCUGCUUCUAUUAUGUAUUUGUCUUACUAAUCAUCUUUAAUUAUGUAAUAAAAAAAAGAUUUUAAAUCCUUAUCUUCUUGGUCUUCAGUGUGUGUGGACCAAAAAACCUGAUUAAAUUACGCUUGGACUACGGCUUUCAGAGUAUUUCAUUUUCAAAAUGAACAAAAAGCUGUGGUUAGAAAUAGUUUCAUUAAAUUCUUUUACAACAGCAAGCCUUUUUCUUUUUAAUGUAAUUUGACUUCAGAGUUAAGAGUUGAGCUGCAUGGAAUUCUGAAAAAAUUUUUACUAUUUUAAGGGUUGAGUGUCACUCAGGCAGUGCACUUCUUUAUUUCUUUUAUGACAACCAUUGUUUGCAUAUUUUUACAUUUAGAAUAUGUAUUGUAUGCCACCAUCCUUUGAUUUGCAUUGCUAGUGAUACCUACAUAAUAAAUUUUGAUUAUUAUUAUUUUGU